CUCUUUUAUGCAAAUUAAUUUGUUUUAAUUAAGGCAGCGUUGGUAAACCAAGAGUUGCGUUGACGACAUGGCAUAAAUUCCGGUUUCUGUGACCUCGCUACUACGAUGAUAUCUGCAUUGAUCGCCAAAUACACAUAACACGCAUAUUAAUCCACCUAUGAUGCAAAUUAAGCGACUGCUAUGCAAAUCCUGCACCUUCGGCACGCUGCUAAUUGCAGGAAUAUGGAUGCUUGCGCUCUUGGCCUACAUGCACCAUCUGCGUAACUCCAUACCGGCGGCAGGCUGGCGUUUUAAUAGUGGUGCGAAUGCCACACCCCGAGCCGAACUGAGCUACCAGGCCCAGGUCACAGUAGGAUGCUCGCCCGCAUCUCCGCUGAACGCCACACAGAGCAGUGGCACAGUCGAUCCCUUCGAGCUAUUGGGUGUGGUGCGCAACAAGCAGGAUAAGUACAUACGUGAUAUUGGCUACAAACACCAUGCCUUCAAUGCGCUCGUCUCCAACAAUAUUGGACUCUUUCGGGAUAUACCCGAUACGCGGCACAAGGUGUGCGAGCGUGGUGAGACGCUGGAAUCGGAACAGCUGCCUCAGGCUUCGAUUAUCAUGUGCUUCUACAACGAACACAAGAUGACGCUGAUGCGUUCCAUUAAGACCGUGCUGGAGCGUACGCCCGCUCAUCUGUUGAAAGAGAUCGUUUUGGUGGACGACAACAGCGAUUUGCCCGAGCUGGAAUUCCAUUUGCUGGCGGAUCUGCAUGCUCGCCUCAAGUAUGACAACUUGCGUUAUGUGCGAAACGAGCAACGAGAGGGUUUGAUACGAUCCCGAGUCAUUGGAGCACGCGAUGCCAGCGGCGAUGUGUUGGUUUUCCUUGACUCACACAUCGAAGUGAAUCGCCAGUGGCUGGAACCGCUGCUGCGUCUGGUUAAAGCAGAGAACUCAACGCUGGCAGUGCCCGUCAUCGAUCUGAUCAAUGCGGACACGUUUGAGUAUACACCCAGUCCGUUGGUGCGCGGCGGCUUCAAUUGGGGUCUGCACUUCCGCUGGGAGAAUCUGCCAGAGGGCACACUGAAGGUGCCGGAGGAUUUCAAGGGACCCUUCCGCUCGCCCACCAUGGCCGGUGGCCUGUUUGCCGUGAAUCGUUUGUACUUUCAACACAUUGGGGAAUACGACAUGGCCAUGGAUAUCUGGGGUGGCGAGAACAUAGAGAUCUCGUUCAGAGUGUGGCAAUGUGGCGGUUCCAUCAAGAUUGUGCCCUGCUCUCGGGUCGGUCACAUCUUUCGCAAGCGUCGGCCCUAUACGGCUCCCGAUGGUGCGAAUACCAUGUUGAAGAAUUCACUGCGUCUGGCUCACGUCUGGAUGGAUAAAUACAAGGAGUUCUACCUGAAACACGAGAAGGUGCCGAAGGACUACGAUUAUGGAGACAUUAGUGCGCGGCUACAGCUACGCGAGCGUCUGCACUGCAAGGACUUUGGCUGGUACCUCAAGCAUGUGUACCCCGAGCUGCGUUUGCCCGGCGAGGAGUCCAAGAAGUCCGGCUCGGCGCCCGUCUUUCAACCGUGGCAUUCGCGCAAGCGCAACUACUUGGACUCCUUUCAGCUGCGGCUGGCAGGCACCCAGCUCUGCGCCGCUGUGGUGGGGCCCAAAGUGAAGGGUUUCUGGAAGAAGGGCAGCUCCUUGACGCUGCAGCUCUGCAAGCCAGGGGCGCCCAAUCAAAUAUGGUAUGAGACAGAGAAGUCGGAAAUUAUAUUGGAUAAGCUGUUCUGCUUGGAGGCGGCAGCCGAUACGCUGGUCGUGAUCAACAAGUGCCACGAGAUGCUAGGCGAUCAGCAGUGGCGGCACACCAGGAACGCCAACAGCCCCGUCUACAACAUGGCUAAGGGCACCUGUUUGCGUGCCUCCGCCGCGGAGGAGGGUGCUCGCAUUAGCUUGGAUCUGUGCUCCAAGGCGGAUGGCGUUGGCGGCGCCUGGGACAUUGUGCUGUUGAAGCAGGAGCAACAGCAGCAGCCAAAGCUUGAUAAGCAGUUGUGAACCUUACAGGUGGUAAAAAAAAUGCAAUAAUUAGACUGAAUUUGUCUCUAUAUAGAUUUUCUAUUGAUAAGCUCCCUGAUAACGGUUUAUUAAGUUUCGAAUUUCCAGUAUUUUGUUUGGUUUGCAAC